ACAAUGUACAUAAUUGGGUUUUUUUUUUUUUUAAAUUCAUAUGAGCCACGAAAGUGGUACAAAGUAUAAAGAAGGGGAAGAGGGAUUCGAACUUAUAACCUAUCGUUCAUAGCACCUCAAUCUUAACCACUACGCCAAGACAUUCUUGAUUCAAUGUACAUCAUUGGUAGAUCAACAAAACUGCAAGGCUUAGGCAAAUUGGUUUACGAUUUAGGAAGGACAAAAUCUAAUUGGCAACAAUUUGCCAGACAAAAAGCACCUUCCGCAUAAAAAAAAAAGAAGUCUCUUAUUUAAGUGACCACUCAUAACACAUGAACAUCUGUAUCUCGCUUACUUAGAUGAUUAAUGGUAAGAGAGAAAGCAAAGAAAUGGAGUCUCCAAAUCAAGAAAAACCAAGCUUGUUUAACAGCAUGUUCAAGGCUAAAUAUGAUAAGAUUACAACUGAUGUUAGUCAUAUUAGCCAAAUAACAAAGGAGCUCGCACAAGAUGAUCCAAGAAGAGUUGUUCACUCUAUCAAAGUUGCAUUUGCCAUAACCGUAGUCUCCCUCUUCUACUACUUCGAUCCACUUUAUGAGGGCUUCGGGGUUGGUGCUAUGUGGGCUGUUCUUACCGUCGUCGUCGUUUUCGAGUUCUCUGUUGGUGCAACGCUAGGAAAAGGGGUGAAUAGAGUGUUGGCAACUAUUUUAGGGGGGAUGUUAGCAGUUGGUGCUCAUAGAUUAUCAAGUCUUCCAGGAAAGAAAUUGGAGCCUUUUUGCCUUGGAGUAUGUGUCUUCAUAACAGCUGGAGUGACAACAUUUUUGCGAUUUUUCCCGAAAAUGAAGGCAAGAUUUGAUUAUGGAGUAUUAAUAUUCAUAUUAACAUUUAGUUUAAUAUGUGUAUCGGGGUAUCGAGAUGAUGAAGUUAUAGACAUGGCACAUAAAAGAAUUACGACUAUUUUGAUAGGAAGCUCUACAUCUGUGAUUGUAUGUGUUGUUAUAUGUCCUGUUUGGGCUGGCACUGAUCUUCACAAACUUGUUGCCACCAAUCUUCUUACGCUUGCCCUCUUCUUUCAAGAAUUUGGAGUUGAAUAUUUCAAAACUUCAUCUGAUGAAAUCGCAAACGACAACAAUGAAGCCUUACUAGAUGGACUAAAAAAUGUUCUCGACUCCAAAAACAACUUAGAUUCUCUGCUGAAUCUUGCAAAAUGGGAGCCACGCCAUGGACGAUUCAAAGGCAGCCAUCCAUGGACACAGUACCAGAAAAUCGGUGAGUUGGCUCGGCAUUGCGCUUGCCGAGCAGAAGCUCUCCAUGGCUUCAUAUAUCCUCACCUUCAAAUACCAAAAGAAGUGAAGUCUAAAUUCCGAGAAACACGCUGUAAGAUGAGCUCAGAAUCCGGCAUAGCGUUGAAGGAGCUAUCAUUAGCAAUGAAGAAAAUGACCAAACCUUCCAAGGCAAAACCCCACCUUAUUAAUGCCAAACAAGCUGCUCAAAAUCUUAAUCUUUUGUUAAAAUCAAACAUAUGGAAAAACCUUAAUCUUUCAGAAGUAACAUCAGUUGCUACUGUCGCCACUCUGUUAGUAGAUAUAGUAACUUGCAUUCAAGAGAUUGCUGAUGCUGUUGAAGAGCUUGCAUCUCUUGCUAAAUUUAAGGAUUUUAAGGAUGUUAAGGUUGCACCACAGAUUGAAAAAGCCAAGUUGGGUAAUCAAGGAUCGAUUAAACGGGCGUUCCUUUGCUAAUCAUGUUAUUGUAAUUGAGAGUUCAUCACCAGCUUCUUCUCCCAGAAUAUCAAUUCCCAGAAAUCCGGCUUCUUUAGCCAUGGCUCAGCACUCUGCAGAGUAAUAUUGUAAAUCCAAUUUUUCUUUCUUGUUUUAAUGAGUUGCUUAAAAUUUGUUGGUCUGAGUAGUGAGUACGCUUAUGCCACAUAUAUUUUUUUUUUUUGGGUAUAGAAUGUACAAUGUGGGGAGCCUGAAAGGUAAUCUUAGCGUAGAAUAAGCUGGGCCGUGCCCGGGGCUAUGAUGUUUGAGGCCUGUGCAUAUUUUUGAGAAGGGACAACAAAAAUAUUAAUUUUCAAAUAAAAAACUUCACUAAGUUUAUGAAGAGAACAUCAAGGUAUAUUUGUAAUUCAUAAAUGGUGUACACGUUCGUAUGUUGAGAAACGUGCUCACAUGUACAUGAGUAACAUGACUAACAAGCCAAAUGUACAUGAAUAAUAAAUUUGUUGGUCUGAUUACGCUUACGGCUUAUGCCGCAUACUUUUUUUUGUAUACAAUGUACAAUGUGGGGAGCCUGGAAGGUAAUCUUAGUGUAGAAUAAGCGGGGCCGGGGCUAUGAUGUCUGGAGCAAU